CCCGGAAGAGGCUCCACUUGUGUAGUGAGGGCGCGAGGCGCAGGUGAGGCAGUCCACAGUCCUUACCUGUAAACAAAGGAAGAAAAAACGAAAAAAUGGGAGCGACAGCAUGGAUACAGUUUCACGGAAACCCGCUUUUAGUUCGACCUCAGAGCUGGCUGGACAAGAGAAUGUGAUCCAUCCAAGAGUCUGAUAAACACAGCGUUGCUGCCAAACAAAGUGCACGGAGCGUACACGUGUAAUAAGCUGCCCAACCCAGUGACCAAAAGGAACUGGUCGUCUUGACAUCCUCAGCUAUGGCGAGCCAAGGUCCUGUCAACCCUUCACAUGCUAUGUUUGACCUCUUCGUCCAAGCCCAGACCUGUAAGGAUGUAAAGCACCAUUUCACUCAGCUCUGCAGGCAGCUGGAGAUCGAUCCGAAGGAUUUCGGGAGCUUCUACGCAAAGUUAAAAGAAAGACUGAACUACUGGAAGGCCAAAGCUUUGUGGACCAAGCUUGAUAAAAGAGCUUCUCAUGAAGAUUAUCAGCAAGGAAAGGCCUGCACUAAAAACAAGUGCCUCGUGUUGGGUGCUGGUCCAUGUGGCCUGAGAGUGGCCAUUGAACUGUCCCUGCUGGGGGCUCAGGUGGUGUUGCUGGAGAAGCGGGAGACAUUCUCCAGAAACAAUGUUCUCCAUCUGUGGCCCUACACCAUCUAUGACCUCCGCGAGCUCGGAGCCAAAAAGUUCUAUGGCAAAUUCUGCUCUGGCUCUCUGGAUCACAUCAGCAUCCGUCAGCUGCAGUUGGUUCUAUUGAAGGUGGCACUCCUCCUCGGGGUAGAGGUGCACACUGGAGUGGAGUUCCAGGGUUUGAUUGAGCCCUCAGGAGAAAAUGGUUGGAUGGCCAAACUGCAGCCCCGGUCUCAUCCUGCUGCAGCCUUCCAGUUUGAUGUCUUCAUCUCUGCUGGGGGAGGCAGGUUUGUCCCUGACGGGUUCAAGCAUAAAGAGCUGCGAGGAAGACUGGCAAUUGGCAUCACGGCCAAUUUCAUCAACAGACACACAGCCGCUGAGACCCAAGUAGAGGAGAUCAGCGGUGUAGCCCGCAUCUAUAACCAGAAGUUUUUCCAAGAGCUACUCAAUGAGACUGGUAUUGAUUUGGAGAAUAUUGUCUACUACAAAGACGACACCCACUACUUUGUCAUGACUGCCAAAAAGAAGAGCUUGUUAAAGAAAGGGGUCAUUAAACAGGAUUAUAAUGAUGCAGAACAGCUGCUGGCCCCUGCAAAUGUGGAUUACGAGGCUUUGUGCAACUAUGCUUAUGAUGCUGCCGACUUCUCCACUGGCGGCGGACUGCCUGACCUCCAGUUUGCUCAGAACCACGCCGGCCGGCGGGAUGUGGCGAUGUUCGACUUCACCUGCAUGCACCGUGCUGAGAAUGCCUCGCUGGUCAAGGAGAGGAGAGGGAAGAAGUUGUUAAUUGGUCUUGUUGGAGACUGCCUCGUGGAGCCUUUCUGGCCUCUGGGUACAGGCAUCGCUCGUGGGUUCUUUGCUGCUUUCGAUGCAGCAUGGAUGGUCAGGAGCUGGGGUAAUGGGGUCCCACAUCUCAAAGUCCUGGCUGAGCGCGAAAGUGUCUACCAGCUCCUGUCCCAAACAACACCAGAGAACACCAGCAAAAAGUAUGCUGCUUACAGCAUCGACCCCAGAACACGGUACCAAAGAGUAAACUUGUCCGCCAUCCAGACUCAUCAGGUGCAGCACCUGUAUGAUGUUGAAAAAACUCAUCCAUCGUUCAAGAAACAAAAAGAGAGUUCACUUCACAUGCGUCAAGAUUCAGCUGGCGGUUCUGAGGAGCUAUUGAAAUGGUAUCAGAAACACACUGCCGGUUAUAAAAAUGUGAAUGUAAAAGACUUUACACAGUCCUGGAGGUCCGGCUUGGCUCUGUGUGCUCUGAUCCACCACUUCAGACCUGACCUCAUUGAUAUGUCCUCCCUGGAUGAGUCUAACUGUGUUCACAACAACCAACUGGCCUUCAGUAUCCUGGAGAAGGAGCUGGGCAUCCCCCCUGUCAUGUCUCCCAACAGCCUGGCUAACACUGAUCAAAUAGACAAGUUGUCCAUGGUUCUCUACCUCACCCAGAUCCAAAGCGGUUUCGCUUUACCAAAAAAAGAGCCCACAGGCUUCCAGCCAUCGUCCAAGUCUCUGUCUCUCUCCCGGACACAGUCAGCUGUCUUUUUCCUGAGUAAGCUGAAGCACAACUCUCUGCAAAGACGUAAGGAAAAGCUGGCAGCAAACAAACAAGCCACUGGAACAGAGACAAGAAUGGGAGAUGAGGACAGUACAUUGGCAUCUCCUGUCUCCUCUGAGCUCGAUCCUGUUGCCGAGGUGGCUCCUGAGCCGGAUACUCCUGCGCUGAUGGCAAACAGUGAGGAGUGUUACUUCUGUGGUGAAAGGGUUUAUCUGCUGGAGCGAAUCAGUGCUGAGGGAAAGUUCUUCCAUCGGACCUGCUUCACCUGUGCUCGAUGCAAAAUCACACUUAGGCUAGGAGGAUACACCUUUGACCAAGAUACAGGGAAAUUUUACUGUGAGCUACACUCUGAAGAGCUGGCAAAUGGGCCUGCAACAUCUUGUGAGGAAAGCAAAGGAACUCACAGAGAGACAGAAGAAGGAAACGGAGUUUCCAGUGAUGAAUAUACUCCAUCGCCAUCGGAUGAGGACUAUGGAAACACCCUGGACUGUGGUCCUCCUACUCACACACAGUCACAAACAUCCGAAGAAAAGGACCACCACACAUUUGAGUCAAAAGAAGACUCCCAAGAACCACUUGUGUCAAAAACUCCCACAGACCAUCCACCUAAAUCUGAGGUAGCAGCAGCCAUUAAGGAGGAGGAGGAGACAAAAAAAAUGACCCCAGGUCCAGUUCCAAAGCCUCGUCGCUCUCGGCAGACUACUCCCAGCCAUCAGCCCUCUCCCCCAGUAGCAAAGCCUCGCACAGUCCACCUCAUCAGUCUCACCGUCCCAGAAGAACCUUCGUCUCCGACUCCUACAGAGGAGGGCUCUAAAGCAAGACCAGACUCCCGUCCUAAACAGUCACUGCGGAAGCUUCAGUUGACCGAUGAGGAAAAAACCCAGCUGGUGAAUCUUCACAGCUUCAGCGCAGACUCGGAUUCAGAAACCCAUGGCGGAUCCUCCUCCUGCUCCUCUUCCUCAGCAAAUGCAGGGCCUCCUAAAACAGAGGGCCUGGAUGGGCAAGAAGAGGAGGGUUACUGGAGUGGGAGCACUGCUGGGCAAAUGCGGGAGAAGAGGAAUCGACGCUGCUUCAAAAGAAAAGAGAUGCCGAGCGGACAGGCCAGAGUGCGAUCAAAGUUUUCUCCGUGGAAUCUCUCUUCACCAAGGAUCAGCAGAGACACCCGGCUCAGUGUCCACGUUAAUCAGCCGGGGAGAGUGGAAACAACAUUCAGACAUGUCCACCACACCUCAGAAGAGGGCGUCGAAGGAGAUGACGAUGACGAUGAUGAUGACGAUGAUGAACAGGAUAUUGACUUGUUUGAUGAACAAUUUCAGAGUGUGCCAUCAGACCCCGUGGAGGCAGAGAAGCUGGAGUUUAAGAGGAUGAAGACAUUGGAGCGGCGAGCCAGGAUGAGUGAAUUACAGCGAUUCCGCAAAGCUCAGUCCAUCCAGAGAAGACUGGAGGAGAUUGAAGUGACCUACAAAGACCUGGAGGACAAAGGUGUGACGCUGGAGCGGACACUGCGAGGAGAGGCUGAACGCAGCGGUUCUCCUGAUAUGAUCGAACAGUGGAUCCAGCUUGUUCAUGAAAAGAAUGCAUUGGUUUCCGAGGAGUCGGAACUCAUGGUGGCGUCUCGACAGCUUGAACUCGAAGACAAGCAGAGCAUGUUGGAGCUGGAGCUCAGGAAAUGCAUGGAGAUAAAUGAUAAGACACCAGAGCAGCAGGCAGAAGAAGAGCGAAUCCUUCAGCAAAUGAUCGAAGUGGUGGACAUGAGGGACUCUCUGGUAUCGUUUCUGGACGAGAAGAGGCAGAAGGAAAUAAGCGAGGAGCAAGAGGCUUUCUGCAUCAUGGAGGCCAAACGGCAAUCAAAGGGAGGAUCUCAGGUUCACUGGGCGUAGGGUGAACCUGCAUGUCCCGUGCUGGUGAUUAUUUCACAUCUUCUGUUUGUGAGACUCGCUGCUUUCAGACUUGGAACCUGAAAUGUACAUUUGCAAAGCCAAAGAUGAUCGAGCUUCGUUAUGGAAAGUAACACACCACAAGCACUCAGUCAGCAGGUAGAAUUUAGUUCAGGCUUGUGAGUCCGGAGGCUCAGAGAGUGUCAGUUGCAAUCCACCCCCUAGAGGGAGACAUAAGCCUGGAGAUCUGAGUCUUUCAGCUGACAUGCCCAGAGACUCUGCAGCUAAAAUCUGCCUGCCAUAUUGGGGUCAUAGCAACAUAGCCGCAUAGGAAAAAUGAUCUUUAAUGUAUACUGAACUAUUGAACAUUUAUCACACAAAUGAUGAUCAGUAACCAGCCUGGGACUUGGCCUGAUUUACUGUCAGAUAUGUGACUUGAGCACUAAGCCAAGACAGAGCAGUAUGAAAUCACAGUGGCUGGAAAGCUGCUGUACCUGACUUUGUCUCCUUAGAGAUGGUUCUAGGCUGAUAAUACAGGACAGGUGGUGUUUUUGAAAAUAGAUUGAUGUUCCUGUUGAUUUGACCUGUUUCAUCAUGGUGAGUGCUACUGUACACAAACACAUGAUAUCCUAAUUCUAUCUUUAGUAUUUGUAUUACAUAAAUGUGAUGGGAUUGUAAAGAAAAAAAAGAGAAACUAAGUGACAUUUAAACAUUACAAAUAUUCAAACUUUGUUUUUCAUUUCUUUUUGUCGAUGUUGAUGUUUUGUAGCACUUACAGCUGUUCACCGUGUCCUGUCCUGCAAGCACAUUGGAUAGUUAAUCUCAGGGGUUGAUUGUUCAGUCCUUUAGGGUCAGAGUUAGUUUUCCAGUGAUAGUCUUCAACAGUUGGCUGCACUUUAUUAGUGGACGCAAUUAAUUUGAGGUGAUUGAGGGGGGGAAAAAAUAUGGACAGAUUUAUCAGAUUUAUCUAUUUAUAAAUGCCAAUAUUUAUUAUUUGCAGGUAUUCCUGUUCAUGUGCUGGAUGAAUGGCCAAAAUUAAAACAAAGACCGUUUCUUGUAUAAGUGAAAAGGAGCCUUAUAUAGUCAUUGUCCUGCUGCCAUUUUGUGCUAUCUGGACAGCCAUUCACAGUAUAUCAAAUAAAGAUCAUGCACUUUGU